AUGACUGACGUAGAAAUGAAGGCAAUGGAGGAGCCGGCAUUUGAGGGAAUCUCAAGCCGCAAUCGCUCGACUGAGUCGUGGCCAUGGGUAGAGAAAUACCGUCCAUCAUCUUUAAAUGAUCUUAUUGCCCAUCAGGAUAUUAUAGCGACACUCAACCGCCUGAUUGAUGCACAUAAGCUUCCCCACUUGCUGUUUUAUGGACCUCCGGGAACAGGCAAGACGUCCAUGAUCAUUGCAGCAGCGCGACGACUUUACGGCAAAAACUACAGUUCGAUGGUGCAGGAGCUUAACGCGUCGGAUGACCGUGGCAUUGAUGUGGUACGCAAUCAGAUCAAGGAGUUCGCCGGCACCAAAAAGCUAUUUAGUCAGGGUGUCAAACUUAUCAUACUCGACGAGGCCGAUUCCAUGACAAAUGAUGCGCAGUUUUCGUUGCGCCGCGUUAUUGAAAAAUACACUAAAAAUGCACGUUUCUGCCUCAUCUGCAAUUACGUGAGUAAGAUUAUUCCAGCACUGCAAUCGCGAUGCACGCGCUUCCGCUUUGCUCCGUUAAAUGAGAAUCAAGUAAGUGAUCGAGUCAAACACAUUGCCGAACUUGAGAAGCUGAACAUGACCGAGGACGGUUUUAAGGCCAUUCUGCGUCUAGGCCAGGGCGACAUGCGCCGUAUCCUCAAUAUCUUGCAGGCGACGUCUAUGGCCCAUGACGUUAUUAAUGAGGCUAAUGUGUAUUUGUGCACGGGCAAUCCGUUGCCCCAAGACAUUGAGUUGGUAACUCGUUGGCUUUUUAACGAAAGCUUUACAACAGCUGUGCGCAAGUGUGCCGAGAUGCAAAAGAUCAAAGGGUAUGCAACCAGCGAUAUCUUGCAGGAUGUAUAUCGUUACACCAUGGAAUUGGACCUGCCGCCGCAGUGCCGUAUGUAUUUAUAUGACGAGCUAGCUAACGUCGAGCACCGGCUGUCUAAUGGCACAACUGAGGGACUACAGCUGACCUCACUUGUUGCCAUUUUUGCGAUUGCGCGCGAUCAGAUGUCCCUCGCCAUUGCUUCUUCGUCUGGAGCCUAG